AUGCUUGUUACGAACUACACGGUUACAGCAAUUGGAAUAUUAUCUUCUGGUUUACAAGUUGCUCUAAACAUUCAUAUUGUGUACAAAUAUUUGAUGUUAGUUGAUUCCUCUGAAGAAUAUGUGUAGUAACAUAAAAGUUUUAGACCAUCUCCAGCUUGGAAAAAACACGAUUUUCGAUUCAUCAUUUUCCGAACAUUUAUAGAUAUUCUGCAAGGAUUUGCUGGUGCUCUAAUUUUUGCUCUAAUUUUUUCAAAAUUUCUUUUUCUAGGUGUUGCAUAUUUCAGUAGUAUUAUUCCUUAUGUUCUUCGUCCGGAUCUUUUUUCAUUCAAUUAUUUAUUUGUAUCAGGAUUGAUACUCACUAAUAUAACAAUAGUUCGAUCUUUUUUGGCUGCUGGAAUUGCGAUUGAAAGAUGUUUUGUAUGUCUUUUGUUCUAAUUAAUUUUAAAUCCCAUAGGUUUGUAUAAUAGUUUAGGCAUCCAUCUUCCCAAUCCAAUUUUUUAAACAUCGUCAAAAAAUGCCGAACACUCCAUUAUUCCUUUUUUUCAUAUCUACUGCAUUAUUCGAUGAUUUGAUGCUUUUCCAUUUUAUUAAUUUUCCUUUAGAUCCCAAAAAUUGUACAACAUAUUUAUGUGCUGUUCCAGAGUAUUGGAGAUAUGGUUUGAUAUAUUCAGCAUUCUAUGCUUUUAUCAAUUAUUUUUUCUCUUUUAUUCUCUGUUUCAAAUUGCUUUUGAUGUAUUUUCGAAAGCAUAGUUAUUCAGAUGAUUUAAAGAAGGUCAGAGUUAUUCUUUUGAUCAAUGUUUUAUAGAUUACAUAUUUUAUAGAUUAAUAUAUUGUGUUUAACUGAUGGUCUUUCUUCUAUUAUAUUCGAUUUAAUUCCCGCAAUAAUAAUACAAAUAUAUGCUAUUAAAUUUGAGGUUAGGGAAAGAAGCAGAUUGAAAAAAAGUAUUUAAUUUUAGAAUUAUGGCCCAGUUACUGGUGUUCUUCGAACAGUUGGCCGAUUAUUUGAAGCGUUAGUUAUGUACAAACUGAUGAAACCAAAAAUAACAUCACCUAAAUCAAAUUCAAUGCAUCUAAAAAUACCACAACAAGAAAGAACGAGUAUGCGGUUUUAA